CCUGCCUGCACGAUCGAAGCAAAACCAAACAAAUGAACAAGAUUCUGUGUUUCUUCAUUUUUAAUUUUCAUUCUCCAAUAAUUGAUUUUUGAAUGAAGUUGUAACAUAGUUGUAAAUAUUAAAGAGACUAUAAAAAUAACUGAUUUUAAUUUUUGAGUGCCUAAAAACUGUCGCCGAUAUGAUAGACACGAUAGAAACGGAAAUAGAUGGUUCCUUACUGGAAGGGGGUGGUCAAGUUUUGAGAGUAGCUUUGACUUUAAGCGCUGUAAAAAAGAUACCUGUACGUAUAAAAAACAUUAGGGGUGGUAGAGCCAAACCUGGCUUGAUGGAACAACACUUAAAAGGUGUUGAAUUGCUCAGAGAUUUAUGUUUUGCCAGAACAAAAGGGAUUAGUUUCGGAUCAAGAGAAGUAGAAUUUAUACCAGAGGAUCUUAGAGGAGGUCAUUAUAGAGUACAAAUUAAAACUGCAGGAAGUAUAAGCCUUUUGCUACAGGUAGCUCUGCCUUGUACUAUCUUUGCAAAUGCUCCAACUACACUUGACCUAAAGGGUGGCACUAAUGCAGAAAUGGCCCCACAAAUAGACUAUACAACAGAAGUUUUUAAGCCAUUGUUCGAAAAAUUCGGAGCCACUUUUGAUUUUGAUUUAAUGAAAAGAGGUUAUUUUCCAAAAGGUGGCGGUGAAGUAGUAGUCACCGUCAAUCCUGUGGAGAGUUUAAAACCUGUCGAUUUAACAGACCAAGGCAAAGUAACGUCCAUUUACGGUUGGGCCUUUGCCGCCGGAACCUUGCCAAUAAAAUUGGCUCACCAAUUGGCCUAUGGUGCAACUGAAGAGUUAAAGAAAUUCGAUAAAGUUGAAAUCGAGAGAUAUAAGGAGGAUAGGAAUAUCGCUCCUGAUAAUUGCGCUGGGAUUAUUCUAGUGGCAGAAACGGACACGAAAUGCUAUCUUGGAGCAUCAGCUCUAGGUACCAAGAAUGAAGAUCCAGAAGAGACGGGCAGGAAGGCAGCAAAAGAACUAGUCGCAGUUAUAGAGGAAGGUUCUUGCGUUGACAAAUAUAGCCAAGACCAAAUGAUUGUAUUGAUGGCUUUGGCUAAAGGGCAAUCUCGCGUACGGGUAGGAGAGAUCACGUUACAUACAAAGACUGCGAUAUUUAUUGCAGAGAAAAUGCUUAAAGACGUCAAAUUCGAAAUCAUUCCCAGUGGUACAACAAACAUCAUUCAAUGCACAGGUUCUUAAAUACUCAGGUUUUAUUUUAUAACAAUGAACUUAUACACUUAAAAAAUAACAUUUUCUUAAAUAAAAUAGUAUAAAACAUUAGUUUGUCUAUAAUUGAAAUAUAUUCUAUACAGUUUUUAAAAAAAUAUAUGUAAACUUAAGUAAUGUUCUAAGGUUCUAUAUUUACAAUUAACGCUGUUUCGGAAGGUCUAUUUUCAAAUGGAGCCAUUUAGUUUGCAGAGGACUAUUCGGUAUCGGAAAAUGUUGGGCUCUGAUUAACCAUUUUGAAUAAUAAAACAAUUUUCUUUUUCUUAAAUUCCAUAUACACAAAAAUAUAAAUUAUUCUAGUUUUUCAAAUGUACAGGCUUUAAUUACUUUUUAUUUGGCAUACAUAUUUAGAUUGAAGUAAAUAUAAUAAGUAUUCCCCUUCGUUUCAAUAACAAAAAUAAUUUUGCAUAUUAAAUGCAUGUAUGAGACAUAAACUACCAAUUCCGAAUAUCAAUGUAUUUGUUAUGCUAUGAGAUGUCGGGAUAGUCUAAAUUCUUGUCUCAAGACGCCGUCAAAGAUAGCUUCCGGUUCUAUCACUCUAACUUCGGGAUGUUGCUUUUUGAUCCUCUGGAAUUUCGAUUUUUGGUCCGCCGUUGCGAUUAUUAUAAAACUAUUCAGUUCAGAUUUGGUUGGCUGCUUUGUUACGAUUUUUGCACCACUCGCUUCAAUAGCACCUGUUAAAUAAACUUUAGAUCAUAAUUGUUUUUUGCAUUCUCGGAAUACCUACCGAGAUCAUGUUAUAUCCAUUGAUUUGAAUAUAAAAAAUGGACGAAGAAAGAGUAUCUCUUGUAAAAUUCUAAAUAUUCUACGGCGUAGUGCUUUCUUGUCAGAGGUUAAGAACAUAACAAUAUACCAUAAACAAGUUAAAAUAAUUGAAUCAUUUAUUUCAGAAAGGGACUAACAUUUUCGGCAUUUUUGGGGUUUUCAGCUCGUUGCAUUAUUUUAAGGUAAAUGCAACUUUUAGUGCACAGGUACAUUGAAAUGUAUUGAAAUUAACUUUUAUGAUGUCUAUGUUAAUGCUUAA